UUAUGUGAUACAAAAAAUAUUUGUCAAGUCAAGUAAUUUUGAUACAAGUUCAUUUAUUUUGGCUUCCAAAAUGACGCAACCUCAACUGCAGUGCUGAACGUACCCCAAAAGAUAUUACUAUCCAUAUUUCUAUAAAAGCUUUUUAGAAUUCAAAUACAGCAGCUACUAUACAUUCCUACGGUAAUAAGAAAAAAUCACAAUGGGUGAUGUCAUGCAGUUUGAAACUUGGCCCUAUCUACAAAAUGUAUUUUACAAAAUUACAAGCGGCGCAGUAUCAUUUUCCGUUCAAGGUGAUAUGCAUGCUACGGUGGGACUAGCUGAGAAACCAAGCAAAAACUGUGAAUACUGGGUUGUAAUGGGACGUAGUCAAUGCUGGUUGGAAAAAGAUGGAGCACGCGCUACUAAUGUUAAGGACUUGCCUAACAUUCUGUCAAAUGAAGUUUGUAAUCGUUUCUGGAUUUCUUGGCAUAGCUCUAAAUUACAAUUUGGCAAAACUUGUGAUGGGAUCCCCCUCAUAUCUAAGAAAAUAGAUUCUCAAGAUAUACAAUAUGUAACAUUUUCUGUCUAUGCUGAUAGAGGGAGACUGUUAUGGAGGCUAUAUUUGCCGCCGACGAUUAAAAGUCCAGAGUUAAAGCUAGUAAAAAACGGUACCAUGGGGUGGGUAGAUGGAUUUACUAAACUUCCUGAUGAAGCUUUCAUUGGAGGCUAUGAUAAAGAGAUAUUGUAUAUAAUAAGGGCUCGGCACCGUGGGUCAUUAACCCCUGGCAAAUUCGUACCCUCUCUAGGGUUGGGCUUUAUAUCAUGGGGUGGUGAAAUGAUUGAAACUGAAAAAUUUGAGGUCCUGUGUGGCUACAAUUGUGUCUGGGUGCCGACACACGGCAAUCAGAUACCUGUAGGCGCAGUUGAGGGUGGUUACACGGAACGUAAUCAUGAGAUACUUUACGUUGGUCGUGCUCUACACGACGGCUAUCUAAUACCAGGAAAAGUACAACCAUCGCAUUCGGUGUGUUACAUACCUCACGACGAUCGAGAAAUUGGUAAAAAGGAUUAUGAAAUUUUAGUUGAUCCCCAUACCAGCAUUGAAAGUCCGAAUCGCUAUUAUCUCGCUCACGUGGAAAAUUCAUCAGAGAACGCCUCUGAACAAGACGCAGAUAAUGUUAUGCAAAAUUUUAUGGAGUAUUACGAUAAUUUUCCACAAUCCUCUGAGUCUGAAUGAGAAACAAGAAAUCUGAGCAUCCGUGCCGCAGCAUUGGUGGCCUUUUGGUUCUUGACCAUAGUAAUAUUUAAGGAUUUAUGUGGCCUAAUCAUUUUUUAAGGAUCCUGUUAGCAAGUAGAAACGAAACCUCAAUACGGCCGUCUUCAGAAACGUAUAUCUCUCAGAUAAUUAGCACUCCUAAUUGUAAAAUGAAUACAUUAGAAAAGGGCAACACCAGACCCUCUUUAACUAUUUAUUUUAUUUAUUAGGU